AUGACUCCGCCAAAGGCUUUCGACUUCUCAGGUGAUGUGGCUCUAGUGACUGGUGCAUGGUCGCGGAUGGAUGGGGAGAUUGGCAACGGCCGUGCUGCCGCUAUUCUUUUAGCUCGACAGGGAGCCAAGGUUGCUUUGGUCGAUUUCAACGUUGACUGGGCAAAUGAGACAAAACGAAUGAUCGAUGAAGAGGGCGGAGUGUCGGAAGUCAUUCAGGCUGAUGUCACAGACGAAGCCUCCUGCCAGAACGCUGUGAACAAGACAGUUGAGCUCUUUGGUGGACUCCAUACCCUUGUCAAUAUUGUUGGUGUCGGUGGCGCUAUAGGAGACGCGACCAAGAUCAACAUGGAAGCAUGGGAAAGAGAUUUCCGCAUCAAUGUUACUAGUAUGGUUCUUGUGAGUCGAUACGCAAUGCCCGAGAUGCGCAAGGCCGGACGCGGUUCCAUCGUGAACAUGUCCUCCGUCAGCGGACUCCUCGGUGGCAAUCCAAGUCUGCUUUAUCGUAUCACGAAAGACGCCAUCAUUCAGAUGACUCGCGCAAUGGCCGCUCAUCAUGGACAGGAAAACAUUCGAGUAAACUGUGUGGCGCCUGGCAUGGUUUAUAUGCCCAUGACACGUGGGCGAGGCAUGACAGACGAAAUGAGACAAGCCAGAAUUAACCAAAACCUAAUGAAGAAAGAAGGCACUGGCUGGGAUGUUGGCUACGGUUUGUUAAAUUCCUUUGCCCACUUGUUGAAGCGAGGUUUGUUAACAGUCUUGUCAGCAAUCUUAUUUCUCUCCAGCAAAGAAACAGGGUGGAUCACUGGCUUAAUCAUGCCUGUUGAUGGUGGUACUACUGCCGGAAAUGCUGAUAGGCCUGCUUUGAAGGCGGAUGAUUUGGCAGCGAAGAACACGGGUGUUUCGAACUAG